CAGGACCACAGCAGCUUCGUUAGCUUUGAAGAGAGAUGGAGGAAGAGAGAGCGAGGAAGAAACUACUGAUACUCUACGCCACCCAAACCGGAAACGCUUUAGACGUCGCCGAGCGAGUGGGCCGCGAAGCCGAGCGCAGAGGCUGCCCCGUCCACCUUCUCUCCCUCGACCAAUACGACGCCAGAUGCUUAGCUCAAGAGGGCACUGUAAUUUUUGUUGUUUCAACCACUGGCCAGGGAGAUACUCCUGAUCCCAUGAAGGGGUUUUGGAAAGAUCUUCUGCAGAAAAAUCUGAGUAGGCAAUGGCUGGAGGGACUCCGUUACGCUGUUUUCGGAUUGGGUGAUUCCGGUUACCAGAAAUUCAAUUUUGUGGCAAAGAAGCUUGAUAGGAGACUUUUGGACCUUGGGGCAACCCCGAUUGUCCAAAGAGGUUUGGGAGACGAUCAGCACCCGUCAGGUUACGAGGCUGCUCUGGAUCCUUGGAUGGCAUCAUUGUGGAAUACGUUGAAUAAAAUCGAUCCCAACUACUUCCCCAAUGGCCCAGACUUUUUGAUUCCAUAUGAAAAUUUUAUGGCGAAACCAAAGGUUCGGAUUCUAUAUCACGACAUUGACAAGGUGGAUUCACAAGUUUCAUCUAAAUCAGACUUGAAUCACAUUGUGCUGCAGAGAAGGGCACGCAGAAUGUCUCCUGUGAAGUUUUCUCUUGACAAGCCUGACUGCAUUCUUAAAUUGGUAAAAAAUGAACCACUGACUAAAUCAGAUUUUAAAGACAAAGAGGUGCAUCACUUCGAAUUUGAAUUUGUUACAUCUCCUAUUCCCUAUGAAGUUGGUGACGUCCUUGAGGUUCUCCCCAGUCAAAAUCCUGCUGCAGUGGAUGUUUUCAUACGUCGUUGUAAUUUGGACCCUGAAUCAUUCAUCACAGUUCAUCCUUCAGAAAUGGAGAAUCAACUCCUUGAUACUUGUAUCCCCAUCAACCUAAAAACUUUUGUUGAAUUGACAAUGGAUGUUGCAUCAGCUUCUCCUCGACGCUAUUUCUUUGAGGUCAUGAGUAUGUUUGCAACUGCUGAACAUGAAAAAGAAAGACUUCAGUAUUUUAUCUCACCUGAAGGAAGAGAUGAUCUAUACCAAUACAAUCAGAGGGAACAAAGGACUGUUCUGGAGGUUUUAGAGGAUUUCCCCUCUGUUCAAAUGUCAUUUGAAUGGCUGGUACAGUUGGUUCCUCCUUUGAAAACAAGGGCUUUCUCCAUCUCUUCGUCCCAGUCCGCCCACCUCAAUCAAGUUCACUUAACAGUUAAUGUAGUAUCAUGGACAACGCCGUUCAAAAGAAUUCGAGCAGGUCUCUGCUCAAAUUGGCUAUCCAAGCUUGAUCCUGAGCAAGGUGUUUAUGUUCCAGUGUGGUUUCAGAAAGGUUCCCUUCCUCCCCCACGACCAUCACUUCCUCUCAUUCUCAUUGGACCUGGAACCGGCUGUGCGCCUUUUCGUGGAUUUGUGGAGGAAAGAGCCAUACAAAGUUUGACCGAAUCAACUGCUCCAGUGCUGUUCUUCUUUGGAUGCAGAAACGAGGACAAUGAUUUUUUGUACAAAGAUUUUUGGUUAUCCAAUUCGCAAGAUGGUGGGGUACUUUCAGAAGCAAAGGGCGGGGGCUUUUAUGUUGCCUUCUCAAGAGACCAGCCACAGAAGGUCUACGUACAGGAUAAGAUGAGGGAACAUAGCGAGAAGGUGUGGAAGCUGCUGAUGGAGGGGGCGGCUAUUUACGUUGCAGGUUCUUCAACAAAAAUGCCAGCAGAUGUAUUAUUAGCCUUUGAGGAGAUUGUUUCCAAAGAAAGUGAGCUUCCACAGGAAUCAGCAGCGAGAUGGCUUAGAGAACUGGAAAAGGCUGGCAGAUACCAUGUUGAAGCGUGGAGUUGAGCGUCGCUGGAAUCAUGACUUUGGAAUCUUCCGGUGAGAACCAAUGAUUGAAUUUUUCACGAAACUUAAUGGAUUGAAUUUGAGUAUGGUCGCGGAGAUUUGCUAGUAGUAGUCGUAGUAGUAGAGAUAAUAUCUAUUCAAGGAGAAAGAUUUGAAUUACUCUCUCCUCAUAUUGUACUGUAUUGAGAAAAACUCUCUGCCUUUCACUUCUCACUUCCUCCUUGCCAUCUUAUUCGGGGUGAACGCGUUAUUGCACUUGAUAUUAACAUUUCAAAGUGAGAUAUGUUUGGUUAA